AUGUCAUUAUUAUCAGAUAUAGAUUUAGAAAAUACGCAUUAUGGUAACAAAGAUGAUAAAGAUAAUGUACCACUUUUAAGAAGUCAAGAUAAUUCAGGUACAGCGGGCUAUGGAUCACUUCCUCGUUCACCGUCAUCGGUCAUCAAGGGGUUCUUUUUGAACUCAUUUUUAUUGUCGGUGGCUCAAUUGCCUCCCAUGUACACGGCACUCAUUCUAUUCACAAGCAAAGGUGUAGACGCCUUUUCAGAUAUCUUUGUUGGUAGUCUCUCUGAUAAAACUGUUAGUCGUUGGGGAAGAAGAAGAGUUUGGAUUCUAUUUGGUGCCCUACCACUUUCAAUACUUUAUUGUGCUUUAUGGUAUGUUCCAAAUACAGAAGAAACAUGGGCAAAAGUAUUAUAUUAUCAAGUGGUAGUCAUCUUUUUAAGUAUAGCAUAUACAUGUGUUGCCAUUCCAUACAGUGCAAUGAAUGCAGAGAUAUCAGAUGAUUAUGAUGAAAGAACUUCAUUGGCUGGUAUGAGAAUGAUAUCAUUAAUGUUGGGUGGAGUUAUAUCAUCAUUUGCACAUUCACUUUUAAUUAAAUCAUUCAAGAAAGAUGUUGGUGGACAAGAAGUGAUUGAAUAUCAAAAAGGUUAUUUACUAAGUGGUGGUAUUUGGGGAUUUAUCAUGAUGAUCCCAUUGGCAAUCACCUUUUUCGGUACAAGAAACAUUAGACAACAAACUACAAAGUCAGAGAGUCACGUACCAUUUUUCAAAGGUUUGGUGGUUAUGCUUUCAAAUAGAGCUUUUGUUACUGUUACUUUAUUAUAUUUCUUUUGUCAAAUUGCAGUACAAUUUGUUCAAAAUAAUUUAUUAUUAUAUUGUACCUAUGUUGGAGAUGCCGAAGAUGAAUUUCCUUAUAUAUUGGGAACACUCCAAGUAUCAGUGGCCGUAUUCAUUGUCAUUUGGGGCAAGAUUUCUACAAAGAUUGGUAAAAAGACUGUAUACUAUAUUGGUGGUGCCUUUUUGAUGGCUGCAUUUAUAUCACUCUAUUUUAUUCCAAAAGGAUCAAAGUAUGCUUUGUGGGGUGUUGCUGCAUUUGGAGGAAUCGGUGUGGCUGUCGCCUUUCUCAUCCCAAUGUCCAUGUUGCCCGAUGUCGUAGAGUUGGACGAAUUAAAGACUGGAGAGCGUCGUGAAGGUAUCUUUUACAGUCUCUUCCUCUUUUUUCAAAAGAUGGGGUUGUCGGUUGGCUUGGCUGGAUCUAAUUUAAUCCUCAAUUUCUCUGGCUAUGAGGCACCCGAAGAGAUUAGCAAGGAUGGUCUCAGCACUGAAAUCAUAGACAACAACUAUGAAAGUGAUAGUGUCAUCUUGGCCCUUAGAUUGUUGGUCAGUGCCGUCCCAGCAGUCAUUGUAUUGUUUAGUUUUGUCGCAAUCUUUUUCUAUCCAAUCACAAAAGAAUCACACAACGAAACAAGAGAACUUUUGAAACGAAAACGUGAAGGUGCUUCUGUUAUUGUCGAAUAA